AACUAUUAAUGUUUUUACGUCCCUUGCAACUAUUCCAUUUGUCCUAAAUACUUUCUACGAGUCUAACUAUUCGUCUUCGUCUCCCCGCAUCUGCUAGCUUUGUUCUUGUUUCUUCCUUUCUUCUACGUCGCAUGUAUUGAACCGUCGAACAAAACAGGGAAAAUGAGCAGACAAUUCUUCGUCGGCGGCAACUGGAAAUGCAAUGGAACAAAAGAGGAGGUAAAAAAGAUUGUUACAUCAUUGAACGAAGCCGAAGUUCCUUCGGAAGAUGUUGUGGAGGUUGUAGUAAGCCCUCCAUUUGUUUUUCUUCCUUUUGUCAAAAGUUUAUUGCGGUCUGAUUUUUACAUUGCGGCACAAAACUGCUGGGUUCGGAAAGGAGGUGCUUUCACUGGUGAAGUUAGUGCCGAGAUGCUCCUCAACUUGGGCAUCCCUUGGGUCAUUCUUGGUCAUUCUGAAAGACGACUUCUGAUGAACGAAUCGAAUGAGUUUGUUGGGGAUAAAGUUGCGUAUGCACUUUCCCAAGGCUUGAAAGUGAUUGCUUGUGUUGGGGAGACUCUUGAGCAGCGAGAAUCAGGAUCUACAAUGGCUAUUGUCGCUGCACAAACAAAAGCAAUUGCAGAUCGAGUCGAAAACUGGGCUAAUGUUGUCUUGGCUUAUGAACCAGUUUGGGCCAUUGGAACUGGGAAGGUUGCAACCCCUGCUCAGGCUCAGGAAGUCCAUUUGGAAUUGAGGAAAUGGCUUAAAGACAAUGCAGGUGCUGAAGUUGCUGCAUCAACCAGGAUUAUCUAUGGAGGUUCUGUAAAUGGAGCGAACUGCAAAGAAUUAGCAACACAGUCAGAUGUGGAUGGAUUUUUGGUUGGCGGAGCAUCCCUGAAGGUGGUGGUUCUAUGUUCUUUGUCUCAUCAUUACAGUUAUAAUUUUUCUAUGCUAUAAAACUUGGUGGCUGAAUGUCUUAUCCAUUUUUUUGUGAAUCAGCCUGAGUUCAUUGACAUUAUCAAGUCUGCCACAGUGAAGAAUGCCUAAAAAGAGUUUGGAACCAGCAGCAGGGCAGAAUCGUUCCUCUUAACGCCUUCCCAUAAUGCUUUUUGAGCAAGUUAAAUUUUGGCACCCUGCUGUAGUGACUAUACCUGGACUAGGCCUUUCAAGGUUUUCAUGAAAAUAAAUUAGGGAUUUUCUCACUACUUUAAAUGAGGGGAUGCUUGUUUUGAAAUUUAUGAGAUUUUUUUUUUUUAUAUAUUUCAAUAUGAAUUUCUUGUUUCAUAUGAA